UCCCUGUAGAAGCCUAGCUUCACUGGACUCUGGCUCAAUGCCUAUCUAGGACUCUCAAAUAGAUAAAGAUAAAUUUCCUAAGAGUUUUAUCCUUAUUCAGGCUGAAGUCCUCCCUUAUUUUAGGACUGUUGUAACUUAUCCGCUUAUCUCGGAUUCCCGUACCUUCGCAGAUAACCUCGGCCUAGCCGAGAUCAUCUCGGCGUCAAAUCAAGAAAACGUGACACCUCGGCUGGCACUUCGGUGCCACCUUAGCCACGUGUUGCUAUCUAGAAAAUAUGUCCCCACAACUCCCCCUAGGUUCUAUUACCUCGGCAUCCUGAGAUGAUGGAACCUAUAUUAUUCGAACCCACAGCACGUCGGCUAAGCUUGCUCUAUCUUUUAUUUACCGAGGUUGUCACACAUCGGCUUCCAUAUGAUAAACGCUUCAGUGUGUUUGCAUCAAUGCUUUUGAACUAAUAACUAAGUUUGUUCAAGUUUAUUUAGUCGAGAACGUCCUUCAGCCGAGGUCUUUGCUUCAUUAAAUCAAGAACUCUAAGAGUUUUAUCAUGUGUAUGAGCUGUCACGCACAGUAUUUCAACCGUUUUUGCCACGUGUCUUUUCCCCGUUGAACCGUACCUGACACGUGCUGUUAAGUCGUGUCACAUUUGUGUGCGCCGUCUGACAAGCACAUCGUCUUAGGCAUAUUAAUUACAUUUUGUCGCCUUUUUGUGUUUUGACAAAAAUACUCCUCUCUCUCUUCGUUGUUUCACUUGUGUAAACAUAACUUCUCUCUCCACUCUUGAGCCUCUCUUUCUGAAAAUCUCUCAAACUGCCAUUUCCGUUCCUUUGAAGCUCUCUGCAAUCACUCCGUUUCUCUUCUGGCGAAGCUCUCUCCGCUCUGCUCUACCCAUUUCCACCGUCAGACUCCGACGUAUCUCAUAUCGGCGUUCUUUUCUGUGGUAAGUCACUGUUUUUCCCCCAUUUUUAGUUUAGAACUUCAUUGUCUAUUGCCAUGGUAAAUGUCUUUGUGUUCUUUAAUCGUUAUCUGUGCCUCAAUCUUCAUUAUGAGCGUGUUUUGAGCAAGUCUUGUCUUGCAAUUUUUUGUGCUUUGUCCAAUUAGUUCUUGAUUCUUGACCACUCUACCAUUGUUCUUGGCCUUGCACACCUACACAAAUUUAUUCAGUGUUCUUUGAUUUCUUGCCUGUCUUUUCGAGUCAGAAUCAUGUUUUUGUUUCUAUUUUCUUGCUGUUUUUUUUCCAGAUUCUUGCCUUCAAUUUUUGUUUCUAUAGACUUAGGAUUUGGGAUUUGUUGUAAAACCUUAAUCUUUAGGAAAAUUGAACCUAAAACCCUUUAGAUCUUUCAGAAAAAUUUUGCCCCAGCACACAUGCAGUUUUUAGUCAUGGUUCCUCAAACCUUCACAAAACACUUCCUUCUGAAAUUCAACACUUUCCCCUCAAGCAGACAUCAUGGGUAUGUGGAGGUAUAAGGUGGACACCCCAACCAAGUUAGAAUAUUUCAGGCAGGAGUUUUCCAUCCCGGUUGACGUUCAUCUCAGGUUGGCUGGGGAGGAAGACUCCAUUAUGCCCAAGGACGACUUUAUGCCCUUCCCAGUAGUAGCCUUCGCUAAGUGUGGUCUUAGGCUUCCCCUUGACAUCUUUUUUCGCGAGGUCCUUCACUAUUAUAAACUGAACCCAAUGCAGCUAGCCAUUAACUCUUACCGAGUUAUCAAUGGUAUAAUUGCCUUAGCUAAAAAAAGAAUGCUAAGGUUACCCUUGCCGACAUCCAAUAUUGUUACACCAUGUGCGACCUGAAGUCGGAAAAAGGUUAUGUCUAUUACCUUAAGCUGAGGUUUAUGGAAUACAAACUUGUUGCCGACCUCCCUGACUCCAACAAGAGUGCUGGGGACGAUUACUUCAUUGUCUCGGGCAACUGGGAGUUUCAACCAAAUGAUGACCUUCACCUCUAUCCCUUAAGCUGAACAGUUUUCAGAGAGGGAGAUGGUAAAAGCCAAGUGCCACCUUUAUUUGCUUUCUAGUUUUUUCUUACUUUGAUAUCUCUGUAUGCUCUAACCUCUGUUUGCUUUUACUUUGCAGUUCUUCCUUAGCCCCCAAAGGACUUUCGCAAAAACUUCUACCCCAGUAAGGAUUUCAAGAAGCUGCUGGACCUGCCUGUUAAUCAGCGCAAGGGUCUUUUACUUCUGAAUUUCAUCUCGACCUACAGAUCGACUUUGUCCGAAGUUCCCAAAAAGAGCAAGUCACCUCCCUGUGCUACAACUCCUGUAACAACCUCUUCACUUUGGCCAGAUCAGUGAUCCAUCUUUGAUCCAGUAGAACAACCAUCUACCUCAGCUCCAUAACUGAUUCCACCGUCUCAACGCCAGCGCCGACGUCGACCUCCACUGCAAGCACCAACAGGCAGGACUCGAAGUCGAAGACGCCGAUGUGCUGAGGCGUCAUCUUUCGAUCCAACAAAUCCACCAACAGCUUUACCAGCAAUUCAUUUUGGUACAAGGGUCACAAUCGCCGCCACUGUUGACGAGAUGAGCCGAAAACUUGUAGUCGUCGAAGACUUGCUCGCCAACCUUCCCGGCAUUGUCAAUGUCCAAUCUUCUUCCUUUCCUCAGCCAACCCCUAAGCCAAAACGCAUGAAGAAGGCCAAGGCGAAGGCUACAGUGACUUAGAUUGAUUCUGAGGACACUGUUCCUAUUUUCAAAUUAGCCGAGGUUGAGAAGACCGCCUCAUCUGUUGAAAAGAGCUCGGUCGAGGACCCAUAAUUCGAGGUCCCUCAUGCUAAGAAGCAGAGGUCAAAUCCUCAAGAGGGCAGUAGCUAUCCCCGAGGUAUGGUUUGGGCGCCCGAGAUUAUGCUCGACGACAGACCUUUUACCGCCGGUGAUAGUGCUGUUAAUCUUGAGGUCGGUGUCGCCCUGUGCACGGCAGUUCUUCUGCUCGAGGACAUGAACAGAAUGGCCGAGCUUCAUGAAUAUGAAGACCUACCUUUCAUGAUGCAGCAUUCAGUUCUGGUCAUUCAGCACCCUCACUCCUACGCAACAAAGACCGAGAUGAUGAGGAAGGACUUGGCGAAGAAAACAAUAGAAACAACCAAGCUCCUCACCUUCCUAAAUAAAGCCGAGGCCAGCAACCGUGCCCUCAUGGACAAGGCCAAAGACGCCAAGAUUGCUCAAAGUCUGGCUGAGGAAAAGGCCAAGGCUACAGACAACGAAGCCGAGGCAGCAAAGGCCGAGCUCGCAGCUAUUAAGGCCAAAGUGGCCGAUCUGGAGGCCAAGCUGCAGGAGGCCAUUGCAAACAAAGAGGCCGAGGUUAAGGCGGCUGAUGAAAAGGCCUUCGAAGAGGGGCAAGCAGCCGUUCGUGAGCAAUACAGGGAGCAAGUCAACCUGGGUUCCAACCGAGGUUACUACUUCGGCUGGAUGGCGGCCCUUAACAAGAUGGAUGUUGCUAUGGAUUUUGACCUUCGCGACAUCAGCAAGCUCCAAGUGCCCUUCCCCCCAGAGAAUAAAGAGGCCGAUGUUGAUGAUGAAGAUGAUGAUGAAAAAGCCGAGGCCGAUGAAGAGGAUGUGGAGGCUGCCACUGAUAACAAGUCUCGUAUCCUCAAUGAGCAAAUUGACUUAACUCAGGAUGAGGAGGAUGACUUGGCAUCCAAGGGCGUCUCCCCUACUCCAACAACUUCUGAAGCCAAAGUUUGUUGUGCCGAAAAGAGCCUUGAUGAAACCUUACAAGAGAUUGACGCUGAGCUUGAAGCAGAGAGAACUGCAACGCUCCCCUCUGAUCAAGCCAAGUCAAGUACUUAGAAUUUUUUCCUUUUUCUUGUACUUUCUUGAACAAUUUUUUUUUUUAAAUUCAUCGAUGUGCCCUUUUCUGUAUUCUGAACAAGUAACCUUCUGUAAGCCAAAGUUCUUUAUUUCCUUUUAAAUGCAAGUCUUCCUUUUUUGACUAAGUGUUUGAAUGCUUAUCCUUCCUUUACUGCCUUGUAUGACUCUAUACUUAGAAUAUUUUGCAUGUCUUCAAGGCAUACCUUAACUGUGUAAUCUCUACGGGGGAAAAAUACCUCGGAUAUUCUUACUCAUUAUUUAUCUCAGGCCUUAUCUUGUCACUUGGAAAACAUUGUAAGAAAGUUUUCACAAGUGUUUA